AUGCUGCUGUUGUUUGGUAUUGUGGUGUGCUGGUUACUGUCUAUAGUCCAUUGCGACAGAUCACAUUUUCGAGUUAUCGAUAAUACACUGACAUUCAAAGUAGCAGCGACUAAGUACCAUGAUGACACUUUGGGGCCAAUGUGUGUGAACAUUCCGCUUCCUGCUGAGCAAGUCCCAUAUGAUUACUGCGCUUUAAUGGUUGGUGUGGAAGAUAAAGUUUCUUUCCGUGGUGACACGAGCAGAUUCGGAGGGACCAGUGACUCUCGAGGAAAGCAGUCGAUAGACAUGGAAAUACAUGGAUUGCCCAGUGGGAAUCUUAUAAGGAAGAAAAGGAGAGUGAAAAAUGGCAUCAAUUUUGUUUCUUUCAAGAGAGGUCAAGAUGAUGAGUUUAGAUUUUGUUUCGUUAACCUUGUGUAUGAUUACUCUUGGAAUUCCAUUGAUGUCGACAAAGAGGUGAAGAUAAUUUUUAAAAAUAAGAGAAAAGAGUAUUUAAAGUUUCUUAAAAAGCACUUUACACCUGAAUUAAGUAUUAUUUUAAAUGAAUCAGUAGGUGACUUGCGCACAUCUGCUGAAAAUUCCAAUAAGACAAGUUGUAUGAUGCGAUUGGAAAGACAGCGACGAGAUCUGAACGAAAGUACUUACAAUUGGCUGUUUUACGGAAUCACAUUAUUUACCAUGACGUGUGUAAGCUCGAACGUUUUCAUACUUUACUAUAUCAGGAAGAAACUGAAACAAAGACAGCCAGUUCAUUUACAUGCAAGAAGCAAGUCUGUCAAAUUUGGAAAGGAAUUUACGGUAUUUCUUUGA